CCUGAAUAGAGUAUUCUGUCACCCUUCCAUCAACCCUGGAGAAGGCGCCUGCGGAGUUCGAAAAAUGCUUGUAUAAAUACGAUGGGGUACUCGAUUCAGAACGCACCCUUCUCCUUCCCACCACAACCAUCUUGGUGGGUUUUUGGUUUCGUGUUAAGCUUCCGCACCUGUCUUCGUCAUGUCCAAACUAUACGUUGGAAACCUUAGCUGGAACACCACGGACGAAAGUCUGCGCGACGCAUUCUCCGCUCAUGGGCAAGUCACCGAUGCCAUCGUCAUGAAGGAUCGCGAGACCGGUCGCGCGCGAGGCUUCGGAUUCGUCACCUUCUCCUCUCCCGAAGAGGCUCAAGCAGCCAUCGACAACAUGAACGAGUCCGAUCUUGAAGGUCGUCGCAUUCGCGUCAACAUCGCCGAGCAACGCGGUGGCGGAGGAGGUGGAGGCUAUCGCUCCGGCGGAGGAGGCGGCUAUGGCGGAGGAGGUGGCUAUGGUGGAGGAGGAGGAGGUGGCUACGGUGGAGGCAACGGUGGUUAUGGUGGAGGCGGCUAUGGUGGUGGCAACAACGGUGGCUCCUGGUAAAAGAUGAUCUAACCGUGCGAUUGUUUUUGAUCCCUGUUCCAAUGCUUUGAAGCCUGUACAAGUCACACAUACAUGUAACACGUUUUCUGAGAAAUGUCACUGGUACCUCAUAAUACCAUCCAAAACCUGUUUCAUAUGCUUUGACUAUCACUGCGACCUCGGUCAAUGCAUUUGAUCCCUGGAUUCGUUGGACACACACGACCAGUUCAACAAUCGUAGUCGCUGCUGUUCGCGCUUCCACUUCCGCCGUCGCGUCCUUGUUACUUCCACUAUCCUCCUAUCCCCCAGAUAUCGUUCAUGGCUUCUGUUUCCCCUCAAAGCAAUCAAUGAAGAUAAUCAGUCGGGGCGAGUCUGAUCCCGUGGGAUUCGGACGCGGAAACCGAGCAAAGAUCUCUUCCCGCUACCUAUUAAAGAUCAAAGGGCGAAGUCACACCGCUUUCCCUGCUGCUGACAGCAUUCAUGUUAUCUUUCUUCUCCCUGGCCCUGUUGUUCCCUGCCAGUCUCUAUGCCCUCUCGAUGUCAGGAUGGGCUCUCCUCCGUGCUUGGUCACGCAAGAAGCAAGUUGGCAUCACCGAACUGGACCUCUUCUCCCAGCCGAGGUCUUCGACGGAGAGGAUCCCCGGUACCGCUGUGGUAUGCGGCGGA